GAAAGCAAGGAAUCACAGAAUCUCAGAUGUGGAACUAUAGAGGCCAUUUAGUCAUAUAUCUUCAGGAAACCCCUAUACAUUAUUCAGCUUUGUUUGGAAACCUCUAGUGAGGAGAUACCUAUUUCCCAAGAAAAGACAUUAUACUUUGGAUAACUAUUCUGGAAGCUCUUCUUUAUAUCAGAGUCUAAUUUUGCUUUUGCAGCACUUACCCAUUUCUUUUCUUCAGGACUUUUGGAGACAAGCAAAACAUAUUCUUGAAGGUAACUGUUAUAUGUGUCCUCUCUGCCCACCUUCUACUCUUUAGCUGUGCAUUCCUACAACUGGACUACUUUGAACACACUCCAGCUUUUCAAUGUUCUUCUAAGAACAUUAUGGUGCUCAGAACCAAAUGCUAUUCCAGAUAUUGUCUCACUAGGGCUGUAUGUAGUAGGACUCCUAACACCCCUUGUUUUGGGUAUUAUGCUUCUCUUAAUUCAUUCAACAAUAUAAGAUUGCAUUAGCUUUUUUGACUGCCAGGACAUAUUGUUGAACAACAUUGAGUUAGCAGAACACUAAAAUCUGUAGAAUAAUGUUUGUGUAAUUUUAAUGAAGUAGCAAAUAUAUCUACUUAAAUAGGUAGACAAAGGGGGAACCAGGAAUACCUUAUAUGGUAUUGUAAAUGUAAUUUAGCAUAGAUUCAGUUUGAAAUAUUUUCUAUCGUCUGGGAUGUCUGCUGAAAACAUCUUUCUUGAUCUCUUAAUUCUGAAUUUAAAAAGUACCCUAAUUAAGAGUCAGCAAUUAUUAAAAAUCCUAAUGUAUGGAGGCCAGAGACGGGAGGUCCUAGGUUCAAAUGUGACCUCAUAUACUUCCUAGCUGUGUGAUCCUGGGCAAGUCACUUAACUCCAUUGCUAGCCCAUACCACUCUUCUACCUUAGAACAAAUGCACAGUAUUGAUUAUAAGGCAGAAGGUAAGGGAUUAAAAAAAAAAAAGAAUCCUAAUGUAUGCAGAAUAAUACUUUGAGGAGGUAUUAAGGCAUACAUAACAUUUAUAUAAAAAAACUUGUUAUAUGAAAAAUUAAUCUUUUUGGAAGAGGGAAAGAAGUUUUUAGAAUUUUAAAGUUAGUCAAAAUUUAUUAAGUGCUUAUUGUGGCAGACACUGAGCUAAGUGCUGUGAAUAAAAAGAAAGUUAAAAGACAGCCCCUGUGAUUGGGAUGAUCACAGUUGAAUGGAGGAAGGUGGAAGAAAAAAGUAUGUAUAAAGCAACUGCUAUGUGCCAGGCACUUUACAAAUAUGUCAUUUGAUUCUAAAACAACCUUCAAGGUAGGUGAUGUUGCCCCUAUUUUGCAGCUGAGAAAACUGAGGCAAGUUACAAUUUACAUAGCUAGUAAGUGCCUAAGACUGGAUUUGAACUUUGGUUUUCCUGACUCCAGACCCAACACUAACCUGCCUUGGUAGGGGAAGCAACAAGCAGACAACUGUGUAUAAACAAGCUAUUUACAGGAUAAAUCAGAAAAUAUCAGCAGAGGAAAGGCACUAGAGGAGAGAACAGGAAAGGCUUCCUGUAGAAGGUGGGAUGUUAGCUGGGACUUACAGGAAGUCAGCAUAGUUGAGGGCGCAGAAAUGAGGGGGGACAGCAUUCCAGGUGUGUAAAAGUUCCUGGAGUUCUAAUAAUCAGAAGGAUCAUCUGGUCUAGCUCCCAUAUUUUAUAGAUGACGAAGCUGAGGCUUUGUGGGGGUCAGGAGCUAAACAUUUUUAUAAUCAGUUUUAAUGUUUAACUGGUUUAUAACCAGUUUUCACUUGUUCUGUUUGGGCAAUGUUGCUGAUGUGUUCAGAGCUAAUUGAGAUUCAUCUGGAAUUAAUUCAAGGAAGUAAUUCUUGAACAGCAUUUUGAAAGGAAGGGAAGAAAAUAAUUUGGAAGGUGGCAGAAAAUUAUCCAGGGAGAAGGAAGAACAUGAAUAAAAGUCAUGGGGGGACAUGGUAUGUAUGUUUACUUACUAGCAUGAAUGGCUAGUAAGGAAGAUAAAGCAAGAUAAAUAUGAGUGCUAAUUUUUUAAUAUCUUUGAGGAUCAAAUUGGGUGUUUUAAGUUGAUUGAAAGUAAUGAAGAGCCUGAGAAAGCCUUUGAGAAAAGGGGAAGAGCAGUUAUAGCAACAGAAUGACAAUGGAAGAGAAUGAAGUUUCAGCAGAUUCAUGUACAGGAUAGAUUGGAAGGUGGAAGCUGUAGUUGACAAGUGUUUAUUAAAUAUAUAAAAUCUAUCUUCUUGAUUAAUCAGAAAUACUUCAUGUAGUUUACCUAUUUCAGGAAGGUACAUGAGGCUAUGAAAGAGACAGUAGAUAGACUUAAAGAGAGAAGUUAACCUGGAGAGAAGAAGUUGACUUUUAAAUUAGGACAUAAACAUUGAUAUUUAGUUCCUAAAUGAUACACAAUAUUAGGUAGUAUAUACACAUUCUGGAGGAGGAAUGAAAUUAUUUGUCCCAUAUCCUUUUUGAUUUGGUAAGUUUCAUUUUUCAGAGCAUUUACAACAAUAUACCAUCACAUUUUUUUCUUUUGGAAGAACAGUUGAGUAAAUCAACAUGAUAGAGUGAUUGCCUCUGUUUGUACAUUUAAUCUUACAUUUUUGUAAUUUGCCCUUUGUUAAAAUAAAGGUUGUGUGCCUUAACUUUGUCUUCUUCCUGCAUCCUUUCUCUGUUUAUAUUGUUUAUUACCAUUACUAUUUAAACCCUAACUUUCUGUCUUAGUAACAACUCAAGACACAGAGGUGUAAGGACUAUGCAGAUGGGGGUAAAGUGACUUGUCCAGGGUCAGUCAAUUAGGAAGUGUCUGAGUCUAGAUUUGAAUCCAGAUUCUUCUAAUUCUAGGCCUGGCACUAUUUCCACUGUGCCAUCUACAUGCCUUGUUUAUAUUCAUCAUGAUGAUAAUUUUAAAAACUCUUAACCUUCUGUCUUAGAAUUAAUACUAGGUAUUGCUUCCACAGCAGAAAAGUGGUAAGAACUAGGCAGUAGGGGUUAAUUGAUUGUCCAGGGGCAUACAUCUAGGAAGUGUUUGAGGCCAGAUUUGACUCUAGGCCUGACUCACAAUUGACUGAGCCAUGUCCCCUGUCCCACAUUGAUUAGUAAGAGAAAAUGCCCUUUAAUUUUGAGAAUAGUAUACUAUUGUCUCUCAAUGGUGACUUUAUUUACAUUGUUGGAGUAAUUGAACAUAUUCUUUUUAUUUUGCAUUUAUUUUGUCACUUAACAUGAGUCUUCCCGUGUUUCUCUGAUUUCAUUAAUUCUCUUCUUCCAACAAGAUACUCCUUACUGUCUCCAGAUUUUUUAGGAUAAUACUCAUUAUAUUAAAAAUACUAGAGUUUUUUCAGCCAUUUUCUAGUUGUUAUGAACAGAUUUUCAAUCAUCACAAUUAAUGCUGCUAUGAAUAUUUUUGUUUAUGUCGGUCUUUUCUUGUUGUCAACAAUCUUAGGCAAUUACAUUCCUGGGAGUUGUCUUUUGGGGAUUUAGUGUAGAGGGUGUUCUGUAGACUCUUUCAAUGCAUAUUUUGUUCCCUUGUUCUAGAAUCUCUGGGUAGUUUUCUUUGAUGAUAUAAUAUAUUAUGAUAUCAAGAUUACUGUUUAUUUCUGGCUUUUCUGGUAGACCAAAUGAUUCUCAGAUUGUCUCUCCUUCCUCUGUUUCCAGGUCUGUCACCUUGUCAGUGAGAUAUUUUAUGUUAUCUUCUAAUUCUUUAGUCUUUUGACUUUGCUUUAUUAAUUCUUACUCUUUUGCAAGAUCAUUGUCUUCCAGUUGCCUGAUUCUGACCUUUAAAGACUGGUUUUCCUUUUCAGUUUGGUCUGACCUGUUUUUUGAGGCUUUGAGCUGUUUCUGCAUUUGCAUAUUUUGGUCCCUCAGAUUGCUGAUUUCCUUUUUGCAUUGUUUCCCAUUUUUCUUGCCAGAAGGCUUCCAUCUUUUUGAUAAUUUCCAAUUUAAAUUCUUCAAGAGCUUGUGGAGAAUUUCCAUUUCUUAUGGAAGGUUUUGGAACAUUUGUUUGUGUUUCCUCUUCUAUCCUCUGAAUUUUGCAUUUUUGCUCCAUAAAAUGUGUCCAAAGUCACCCCCUUCUUGCUUUUCUUGGUGUUUGGAGGCUGUUGCACUUCUGCACUGUUUUGCCAUCUCUAUGGUUUUUCCUCCCCUUUCCAGUCAGAAAUCUGAGUGAGGAGGGCUGGCUCUCAGUGUGUGCUUCUGAUGAUCCGAGGCUUUAGCCUCAGGCAAAUUGUCCAUUCUCCGCAGCUGCGUUGUCUUCCUGGGGAAGCCCAGGGUCUGCCCUUCCCUGCUUGCCGGCCGGUGUUUCAGGUGUUACUGCUCUCAGUUAUCUCCAGCUGCUUCUCUGCUGCCUUACUUCCACACUCUGAGCCUGGCACAGCACUGUCCACAAGGUACCCCAGUGCCUUUGCCUGCCCUGAGGUUCCUGUCCUUUAGGGAGGUCCUGCACUCUAGGGGUGGAGGGGUCCUGGCCUCCCUGAGCUCUGAGGACUCCUGAUGGGAUUAGGUUCAACUGGGUUGGUCUGGAUGUGCCCUGAGCAAAAACCUCCGGUGAGACUCCGAUGGAAGGACCCAGCCACAGGGCUAUAGGCUCCCCCCGGCUCUCUCAGGCUGCUUCCCUGCUGUCUGUGUUGGACGCCCUGAGCCUGGCCCAGGUUGCUUUCAAGGUGCACCCUUCAGAACAGCACCUUUGCCAGCCCUGAGGUUCCCGCUGCUGCUGGGGGCUCAGUGCUCAGGAUUAGGGGGGAGGGCUCCUGGGACCUUCCUUCUGCCUUCCCCUUAGACCCCAGUGUUCUAGGACUCUGGCUUUUGGGGGGUGUACCUUUUGAUUUGAGUCCAGAAAGAGGGUUCCCCGGCUCUGUCCUAUUGUUGAGUUUGAAUUUCAGUCCCCUAGGAGCACUCAGUUUGUGAUUGGUAAGGAAGGGUUUUCAGAGGUCUGAACUUUUGCUGCUUCUAAGCCGCCAUCUUGACUGGAAGUCCCCAUCAAUAAUCUUAGGAUAUAGGACCAGUACUAAAAUCUUUGAGUCCAAGAGUAGAAAGUCUGGCAUAAUUUCAAAUUUUCUAGAAUUGUUGAAUGAUUCAGUUAAUUGCAUUAUAUUUAACUUUAUUUUUUAAUUUUUAAAAGAUAAGCUUUUGUUUUACAUUCACCCAGGUAUCUUCUCACUUCCCCUAUUCAGUGAGACUCUCUUUUUACAAAGAUGAAAAAAGAAAAAGAGAAAGUAUUUGGCAGUAUAUGUAGUAUUUCAUAUCUAUAUUCUCCUAGUUCUGCAGUGAAAGGAGGGUACUGAUUUCUAGAUCUACAUAUCUUUUAAACCAUCUAAUUUCUAGUCCCACAUUAACAACUUCAUUCUGGGGAUUUUGAACUGAGUGUCCCAUAGUUAUCUCAAAAUCAGCUUGUCUAGAAUAGAACUCAUCUAUACUCCAAAUCUGACCCUUCAUCCUAGUGCCCCUAUUCUAUCCAGGGUACUAUCAUCCUUCUAGUCACCUAGGAAUAUGACUCAUCAUAAGAGUCAGAUUUGGAGCUAGGAGCAACCCUAGAAGCCAUGUAGUCCACUAUUACUUUACAACUGAAGAAAUAGAGACCUGGAGAAGUUGUAAGGUCAUACAUUUAAGUGACCAACUUGAAUUUUGAACUCGGGUCCUUUGACUUCAAAUACAACAUGCUUUCUAGUCUACCUUGAUGCCAUAUAGUUACCAAAUUUUAUUGAUUUCCAACUCUCCCAAUGUGGUUCCCAUCCUACUCUUGGGCACUCCUCUCAUAUCUUACUCGAACUGUUUCAGUAGUCUAAUUGUGUUGGUCAUCUUUGUUUUCCAGCUCUCCUCUCUCCAAUUCACAUUCUCCCCACUAUUGCUAAAAUGAUACUCUUAAAGCACAGGCAUCUAUCACUGUAUUAUUGCUCAAUAAACUUUAACAGUGCUGUGGUACCUGCAGGAUAAAAUGCAGAUUCCUAUAUUUGGCAUUUAAAGCCCUCACCUUGUCUCUAACCUACAUUUCUACCUUUUAAAUAUAUUAUUUACUUAAACAUGCUCUUCAUUUUAUUUUAUUUUUUUCUCUGAAAAAUUUUAAUUAAUUAAGAAUAUUUUUCCAUGGUUACAUGAUUCAUACCCUCCCCCCCUCCAUAGCCAACAAGCAAUUCCACUGGGUUUUACAAAAUACUUUUCAUUUUAGCUAAACUUGUUCUUGCUCUUCCUCCAACAAUAUACUCCUUACUGUCUCCUGUUUCUGUAUCUUUAUAACAACCUGUUCCUGAAGUUUGGAAUUCAUUGCCUUCUUACCACUACCUCUUUAGAAGCUCUUAAUUUCCUCAGCUGAAAUGCAAACUCUUGUAUAAAGCCUUUCCCUUAUUCUCUCAUUGGCUAGUACUAGUACCUUCUCACCCUUAAAAUUUUUUUUUUAACUCUUAUUUUCUGUCUUAGAAUGGAUAUUAUGUAUUCAUUCCAAGGCUGAAGAGUGGUAAAGACUACGCAUUUGGGGUUAAGUGACUUGCUCAGGGUCACAUAGCUGGGAAGUGUUUGAGGUCGUAUUUAAAUUCAGGGUCUUCCAUGUCCUGGUUUGGCUUUCUGUCCAAUGAGCCACCUCGCUGCCCCUCCACCAUGCAAAUUUUCUUGCAUUUAUUUUGCAUAUAUUUUUGGCAUUCUUAUUCCUUAUAGGAUGUCAUCUUCUUGAUGGUAGGGACUGUUUCAUUUUUGUCUUUGUAUCUCCAAUGCCUAGAAUAUCUGCUGUGGAGAUAGUGAUUAUUACUAUUAUUAAAGUGCAUUUUCUUACUUAGACCAUUAUAAUUAUCACCAUACUCAUUUUUGUUUUUCUUUUUUUUAUUGUUUUUAGUUUACAUGUUGUUCUGGUUCUGCUUGUUUCAGUCAAUAAGUCUUCCCUUGUGUCUCAGAAUUUUUCGUGUUUAUUGUGUUCCAUUUUGUUUUUUAAAAAACCUCAGUUGUCUUACUUGUUUCUCUGAUUAAUGGAUACCUAUUUAUAUGCAGUACUUUGUUACCACAAAAAAAGAUUCUGUUUUAACUUUGAACAAGUUAGUAUGAUCAUUGUCCUUUGCAUUUGAUCUGAGUUUUCUUGCCUUUUAAUGUGUUAAUUUAUGUAGUAUAUGUUGUUCUUUGACACUGCUUUCUUUAUUCUGCAUCACUUCAUUCAAAUCUUCUCAUAUUUCUUUUGUAUUUCUAAUUUGUUGAAUGUGAUGACACUGACAUUCCAUAAAAAUUGUAUGCCACAAUUUGUAGUCAUUCCCCAAUUGCUGGGCAUGUCGCUUGUUUUAGUUGUUAUACAUAGUGGGGCUAUAAAUGUUUUUGUUGUUCUUGUCUAUAACUUCCUUGUGUUGUAAGCCUAAUCUUGGAGUCGCUGGAUCAGAAUGCUUGUCUAUAAAAAUAUGGAUACCAUAAUCUAUUUCUGGCACAUUUUGCAAUUGACUUUUUUUUUUAAAUAACCUUUACCUUCCGUCUUGGAACCAAUACUGUGUAUUGGUUCCAAGGCAGAAGAGUGGUAAGGGCUAGGCAAUGGGGGUUAAGUGACUUGCUCAGGGUCACACAGCUGGGAAGUGUCUGAGUCCAGAUUUGAACCUAGGACCUCCCGUCUCUAGGCCUGGCUCUCAAUCCACUGAGCUACCCAGCUGCCCCCUGCAAUUGACUUUUAAUUGUGUUUUGGUAUUGACAGGAUCAUUGGUUUGGAGUUGAAAGGGACCUCAGAGGCCAUCUAGUUCAAACCCUUAUUUUACACAUGAUGAAAUUGAGAUCCAGAGAGGUUCAGUGACUUCUCUGUUAUCACACAGAUAGUGUCAGUCUGAAGAUAGUGAAUGUAAAAAUAGCUGAUGAGGAGAGAUUAUAACUUUUCUGUAAGUUGCAGAUGAAAAAACAUUUUUUUAGCUUCAACAGUUGUAAUCAAAUUUAGUGGGGUUUUUUGGGUAAUUUUUGUUAAAUAAGGAAAAUUUUUUUCCAAGUAUUUUCUUUUACAUUUUUUAGCAGACUUUAAAACCAAAGAUGGCUGCAGAAGUCUAUUAUUAUCAGUUUUAUAUUCAAUGCUAGUAGGUACUACGAUACUAAAGUUAAUUAAAGAAAAAAUUUUCCUUGCUUUCAUGGAAUUAUUUAAAACAAAUACAAGAUUUUACAUGUUUUAUGAGCAUGGUCAGAGAAGGUAACAUGAGAAGUUAGAUAUAAAAGAAUACGAAGAGGUAGGUGGGAAAAUAAUGGAAAAUAUGGAGUUCAAAGGAAAGAACAGCGAUUCAUUUGGAGCCAUUGGAUAGAGAGUUAGAGGUUGAUUAGAGAUUAUGUUCCUUAUUUUUAGAGGAAGGAAGAGAAAAGACCAGGGAACAAAGUAUAAUUAGUUCUCAGUUAUUUAAGGUGUGCAUAUACUACUUGUGGGUCAUAUCCCUGUUUCUUGCAUAUUGGUCAUCUAAAUCAUUUCCCAGUCAUUUAAGAUGUAACUUAAAUCAGUUGAUCUUGUUAUUUUGUUGAAACCAUUGGAAGAUUUAGUGCAUGAAGAGAGAAGAACUAUUUGCUAAAUACAGCUUAUGAGUUGCAUUUUGUCUUCGCUCACUCACAUCUUGUGUUUUCUCCUCUAGUCCUUAACACUAGCAGUAGGCAACUUUGCCCUAAUUGAUAUAUGUUUUCAUCAUCUUUUUCACUGGUGUGUAGAUAUGUUUUUCUUCUCAAAAUGGAAAUGUAGUAGCAUUUGUUUUGUGGAUAUAUUGAAUUUACUGAAAAGUUCUGAGAAAAUACUUUUGAGCUUCCAAAGUUAUUGUUUUUUUUAAACCCUUACCUUUCAUCUCGGAAUCAAUACUGUGUAUUGGUUCCAAGGCAGAAGAGUGGUAAGGGCUAGGCCAUGAGGGUCAAGUGACUUGUCCAGGGUCACAUAGCUGGGAAGUGUCUGAGGCCAGAUUUGAACCUAGGAACUCCUAUAUCUAGACCUGGUUUUCAAUCCACUGAGCUACCCAGCUGACUCCCCAAAGUUAUUCUUAAUGAUGGAAUUAAUAUUUAUUACAUUAGAAACUUCAAAAGAUUCUAAUUUUUUAAAUUUAGUUCUGGAUGAGACAAGAAUCUAGAAAGUCUCUGGGGCUUUGAGGCUUAAUCUAUUUUCUUAAUUAAAUUCCAACUUAGUUGACAAAGAGCUUCAUUUUGAAUAGAAUUUACCUCACAAAGUCACGGCCAUCAAAUAUUUUACUAUAGUUGGUAACCAUAAAGAAUUAUAUAUAUGCCAAUUAUUCAUUUUGUUGCUAGAGGAGGCAACAGGUGCUGACAGACUUGCAUUCCCUUGAGGAACGUCAUGACUCCAGACCAGCCACUUAAAUCUCUUAUAGGAGAUCAAGACUUUGUAAUGAUUCAUAAUGCAUAAGAGGGGGAAAGAAAUAGUGGCUUUGAUGUACUCUACCAUAAUAUGAAACAUGGACAGAUAUCAACAAAAGAACUUGCAGAUUUUGUAAGAGAAAGGGCUACAAUAGAAGAGGCAUAUUCAAGGUCAAUGACAAAACUAGCAAAAUCAGCAAGCAAUUAUACACAGCUUGGAACAUUUGCACCUGUGUGGGAUGUUUUUAAGUCAUCAACAGAAAAAUUAGCGAGCUGUCACUUGGAGCUUGUUAGAAAAUUACAAGAACUAAUAAAGGAAGUACAGAAGUAUGGAGAAGAGCAAGUAAAAUCUCACAAAAAGACUAAGGAAGAAGUUGCAGGAACUCUAGAAGCUGUACAAAAUAUUCAGAGUAUAACUCAGGCCCUCCAAAAAUCCAAGGAAAAUUACAAUGCCAAGUGCCUAGAACAAGAACGUUUGAAAAAAGAAGGAGCUACACAGAGAGAAAUAGAAAAGGCAGCUAUUAAGUCUAAGAAAGCUACAGAUACGUAUAAACUGUAUGUGGAAAAGUAUGCAACAGCCAAAUCUGAUUUCGAACAGAAAAUGACAGAAACAGCACAGAAAUUUCAAGAUAUUGAAGAGACUCAUCUCAUUCAUAUAAAAGAGAUUAUUAAGUCCUUGUCAAACGCUAUACAGGAAAUUCAUUUGCAGAUAGGCCUGAUACAUGAAGAAUUUAUGAACAACAUGGCAAACACCACAGUGGAAGGUUUGAUACAGAAAUUUGCUGAGUCAAAAGGCACUGGGAAGGAAAGACCUGGCCUUAUUGAAUUUGAAGAAUGUGAUGCUGCUAGUGUAGUUGAAGGGAUAAAGCCAAGAAAAAGAAAGACUUUCGCUUUGCCAGGAAUAAUUAAGAAGGAAAAGGAUGCAGAAUCAGUGGAAUGUCCAGAUGCAGAUUCAGUUAACAUUCCUGAUGUAGAUGAGGAAGGCUAUAGUAUUAAACCAGAAGCAAAUCAGAAUGAUACCAAAGAGAACCAUUUCUACUCAUCCAGUGAUUCUGAUUCUGAAGAUGAAGAACCAAAGAAGUACCGCAUAGAAAUCAAGCCUGUGCAUCCCAACAAUUCUCAUCAUACAAUGGCUUCUUUGGAUGAAUUGAAAGUUUCCAUUGGAAACAUAAGUCUUUCACCAGCAGUAUCAAGGCACAGUCCAGUACAAAUGAACAGGAAUUCAUCUAGUGAAGAGUUAACAAAAUCAAAACUUUCUGCUCCACCCAAUGAGAAAGGGAACAGUGACUUACUUGCAUGGGACCCAUUGUUUGGACCAUCUCUUGAUGCCUCUAACUCAACAUCAGUGACAUCAGAGUAUUUCACCUUUACCUCAGCUAUCCUUAAAGAGCAGAAUAGGAACUCUUCUUCCUUUUCCAUUGGUUUGCCUGAGUGUAUAAUAGCUGAAUCUUUACUUGGAUAUGAGUCAGAUUCUGGGGCCAGGAGCAUAUCACCAGACUUUUCCAUUAACUCACUGUGCAACCCUGAUGUAACCACCUCAUCAGAAAGCACAGAUGUGUUUUCUUUUGCUUCCUGGUCACAAAGUCAGUGGAUUUCCUUUACUGAUGAACUUGUUACAGUAAAACACCCAAAUGCAGAUCAGAAGGCAUUCCAGAGAUUGCGUUGUAAAACCGAAAAUCUCUUCAAGUUCCCUGAUACUUUGCCUGGGAGAUCUUCCAACAUCGGUUCUUCUGAGGAUCAAAGUAACCUUUGCUCUAAUGUUAUAUGUCCUGAAAUAUUACUGACUGAAGAGACUGAGAGUGCUGCUGAAAAGUCUUCCACAUCAUCUUCAGUACCUCUGGACUCUAGUUUAGUCUCUACAUUUGCUCAGAUAAAUGAUGCCAGGCCUACAACUCCUCUUUCUACAGGCACCAUUGUCCCACCUCCAAGACCUACUUCUAGACCAAAACUUACUUCAAGCAAGCUCAGUGGCAUUAAUGAAAUACCCAGACCAUUCAGCCCACCAGUGACUUCUAAUACCAGUCCACCUCCUGCAGCUCCUUUAGCAAGAGCGGAAAGUACCUCCUCCAUAUCCUCAUCUGCUUCACUCAGUGCAGCAAAUACACCAACAAUAGGUGUUUCACGUGGUCCCAGCCCAGUCAGCCUUGGAAAUCAGGACACCUUACCUGUUGCAGUAGCCCUUACUGAAUCGGUUAAUGCUUAUUUUAAAGGAGCAGAUCCCACCAAGUGUAUUGUAAAGAUCACUGGUGACAUGACAGUGUCAUUUCCAAGUGGAAUUAUUAAAGUCUUCACUAGCAAUCCCUCUCCAGCUGUACUCUGCUUCAGGGUUAAAAAUACAAGCAAAUUAGAGCAAAUUCUUCCAAAUGCACAACUUGUAUUCAGUGAUCCAUCACAAUGCGACUCCAGUGCAAAAGAUUUUUGGAUGAACAUGCAAGCCGUCACUCUCUACCUCAAAAAACUAGCUGAGCAAAAUCCAUCUGCUUCCUAUUAUAAUGUGGAUGUGUUAAAAUAUCAGGUAUCAUCAAAUGGUAUCCAGUCAACUCCUUUGAACCUUGCUACUUACUGGAAAUGUAAUGCCAGCACUACAGAUGUUCGAGUGGAUUAUAAGUACAACCCAGAGGCUAUGAUUGCACCAAGUGUACUUUCCAACAUACAGGUGGUGGUACCAGUGGAUGGAGGUGUCACAAACAUGCAGUCACUUCCCCCUGCAGCAUGGAAUGCAGAACAAAUGAAAGCUUAUUGGAAGUUGUCAUGCAUUUCAGAAAAAUCAGAAAAUGGAGGUUCUGGAUCUCUCAGAGCAAAAUUUGAUCUUUCUGAAGGACCCAGUAAACCCAUGACGCUUGCAGUUCAAUUCAUUAGUGAGGGAAGCACCUUAUCAGGUGCUGACAUUGAGCUUGUAGGCACUGGCUAUAGACUUUCCUUAUUAAAGAAACGAUUUGCUACUGGUAAGUUGAGAGAUUUUUGUCAUUUUAAAUCACUGAGUAAAUAUGUGUUUGCUAGCUGUUUUUAAAGACUUCAUAUAAAUUAAAAUCAGAAGAUAAAAAAAGUUUUAAAGUGUUUAAUAUCUCAGAUCAUUGGUUUAAGAUUGAAAUGUUCCUGAGGUACCAAAUAGAAGCACAUGUGAAAAUGAUUCUUCAUGCUCAGUAAAAUACUCAUUUUAGGUUAAACCAUCUUCUGGUGUCUGCAUUGACAGACGUGAACUUGAACUCAGUAUCUUUGACAAUGCAGAAAUUUCCUUUUUGGGGGGUGUAAUGCUGUGGGAAUCCUAAUUGUGAGAGCUAUUUGUAUUUUCAGGACGCUACCUAGCAGAUUGCUGAUGCCCCUGUGAAAAUUGUUGGAUCAAGGGAGUACAGACCUGCUCUUCUGCAUUGAUUGUACCUUCCAAACACUAUCAUAACAUGUAUUCAAUAUCUCUUUAUCUCUGACCUACUUUGGAGCUGACUACAAAACCUAAAAAUGCACUUUUAAAGUAAGUCAUUUAAAAGGAAUAGCACUGAAGUGAUCUUCAACACUGUAAAUGAUCAAUAUUCAGGAAAUACAUUUAUUCAAAUAUGUAGUGAAAUGAAAUUAAUAUAGGCUGAAAGUCAAAAAUAACUAAUCGCUGUACUAGAAAAAAAUAUGUUAUGGCAUAAACAUCAUCAAAUUUAAGAACUAAAGGAGAGCAAGCACAGAAUGUUUUUAGCUUUCCAGACAUUUUAAAUUCCAAGGUAGUUUUGCAGGUUCACCUGUUUGAUGUUGGAUGCAAGCAGAACAGGAAUGCAAAGUUUGGGAUAUUGUCACCAUAACCUACACCUUCACAUUGUGUCUAUGUGCCAUCAAAGAAUCUGCUCAGAGUUAGAGUUGUACUCAAAAAAGGAUAAUUUGAUUCCCAUAUAACAUAUAUUAAUAAAGUGUAAAUGGUGUUUUAUAUAAGAUUUUUAAAAAAUCCUCAAGUGCAAUGUGUUUAAAAAUAAGCUUGCAAAGGAUAGCAGAGAGACUUACUUCUGCAAUUAGUUAACUUUAUGGAAGUUGUGAUUGUUUUGAUGAAUUAAUGCUGUAGAUUUAAUUUAUUUUUAUAUGAAUUGCAUAAUGUGUGCCUUUAAAAAAAAAAAGAACAGAACUGUGCCUGUCCACUUUGUGUUUAUUAAUGUGCCUCACUUCCUUUCUCAAAGUCUGGAUUUUCCAUACAGAAACUUAGGAUGGUUAAAGUUCUUCAUAUAAAAUACAUGCAGUUUAUAGUCCCUUUGGAAUACAGAAGGGAAAUCAGGAUAACUGGAAGAGGCUGUUUAGUUGCAUUUUUAAAAACUGGAUUACUUCUUUGUGGGGGGUAAUUGCAAUAAAUGUAGCCACCGUAAAGGGAAAUAUCUGAUGCAGAAUUUUUAAUAUGCUCACAAAAAAAAAGUACCUUCAAACAUUUAAUCCUAACCUCACCAAAGAUGUGUGAAUUUUAAGAAAUUCUGGAAAAAGCAUGUCAGUAACCUUGUAACUGAUUUUAAAACUGUAAAUUUAGCUGUAAACUGUAAUAUCCCCUUACUCUUUUGUUCAUUAUUGGAGAUUUAAGUAUUCAUUGGUUGUGUGCUGUGAGCAUAGAUGUACUAUUUUGUGAAGAAAUAGCAUUUUAGAAAAGCUUAUCCCUGGUAGCAGAUGGAAAAGUACUGCCAUUUGUGUUCAUUUAAAUAAAUGGAAAAAAUUGCUCAAUUAGUAUAUUAUUAGUUGCCACAUGGUAAAAAUAGGGUUUGGAGUGAUGCAUUUGCUUAACAUUUCUUAAAAUAAGCUACUAACUUUGAUAGCACAACACCUAGUUGAUUUACAAAAAAUGCCUGAUCAAAUAUAAAUUAAAUUAUAUGUAAUGUUGAAAACCAAUGUCCUUUUUUACAUAGCAGAAGCAAUAAUAUUGUGUACCAUUUUAUAAAACUACUAAUUGGUCAAUUAUGCUUUCCAGAAAUUAGGACCCACAUAGUCAGCCAUUUAUAUAAAUUCUUGUUACACACUACAGCAAAAAUGAAACAUCUUGCUGUUAAAUAAUAUCUGUGCUUUUUUCCGUGCAUUCAUUAUUAGAACAGUUUUGAAAUAGAUUUUACUCAAGCAAUACACAUCCAUCAUUUGCUAAAUGUUCAUCUUUGCUAAGUGGUGAGCAUAAUACAGACUUCCUAACUCCUUUUGUGCUAUAUUUUAAAUGCCAAUUAUGGUCUCUUACUGGAAUCUGCCUUGUUGUCAGACUGCUUACUUGGGCAGUUAAUAUUUUAUUAUUGGAAUCCAGACAUUAUCCUACUUGCCAUGUUUGUUUUAAUCAAGUAUUGCUUAAAAGUUCUAAAUUAGUGGAAUGGUUAAAUUUCAUUACAUUUAAACUACCACAGUCUUCAUCCCAUGUGUUGACACACAAAUUUUUAGUGGGUGCAGGUUACAAUUUUGAAGCCAUACAAGUUUAUGUCGACUUUUCGCUGUUAAAAGCCCCAUGAAUGGUGUCAAAAUGCCAGUAGAUAUUCAUGGUGAAGUGUAUUUAGCAAGCUGGCCCUUGCUCUUAUAUACAGUGCUAUAUUUUGUAGCUGCAUCUUAACCAAGAAUUUGUAAACACAGAACUCUUAAUCUGAGUUUUUAUGGAUUGUUACUACUUUGGGUUGUAAUUAGAACAAUACAAAUCUAUCUUACAAAAAUUUGUAAAUAUUUUUGAUUUUUUUUCAUAUAAUGUAAAUUUCACAUAAAAGUUGCACCCUUAAUAAACAUGUAAUAUAUAAUUUA